CUAUACUGGAAAUAAACGCCUUAAAACUCCGAUGGGCAAAGCUCUGUAAUUCCGGUUCUUCUUCUAUUGUAUUGCUUUACGGUGAAUUUCUCACCGCCCAACCCUACCCGCCAUAACACAGCAUCCUCAGCUUCCCCCUUAUGUUGGCCGCUUCUUUACUGAACAACACUGGAUUUCGAAUUCUUCGAAGCUGCCUCGUUGCUCUUCCCCAAUUUCCUUGCGCUUCCUCUACACCAUCCUCUCUGCUAUCUGGCUUUCGUGCAUUAACUUCAAUGGAUUCAUACAAAAAUUCACCCUCUUCUUCUUUCUCUGCUUUUGCACAUUCAAAUCGCAGCAGCGGUGGUAGAGGAAGAGGAUUGGAUACAAAGGAUAAGAGGGAAAGGUCGAGAGGUAGAGGUGGAGGUGGUGGCUCUGGAAAAGAUAAAAUUGAUGCUCUUGGUCGAUUAUUAACACGAAUUUUGCGUCAUAUGACUUUCGAGCUAAAUUUAAAUAUGAGGAGUGAUGGAUUUGUCAAGGUCCAAGAUCUAUUGAAACUAGAUUUAAAAACGUUUGCCAAUAUACCAUUGAGGUUGCACACAGUUGACGAUAUCAAAGAGGCAGUCAGGAAGGACAACAAGCAAAGGUUUAGCUUGUUGGAGGAAAACGGAGAGCUUUGGGUACGUGCAAACCAAGGGCACACAGUUGCGACGGUUGAAACUGAAAGCUUGUUGAAACCAAUCCUUUCAGCUGAAGAAGUUCCAGUGUGUGUCCAUGGGACCUACAAGAAGAAUUUGGAACUGAUUUUGGAGCAAGGCCUCAAACGCAUGAAAAGGUUACAUGUUCACUUCUCACGUGGCUUACCAACAGAUGGUGAAGUAAUUAGUGGAAUGAGGCGAGAUGUCAAUAUCCUAAUCUUUCUGGAUGUCAAAAAAGCUCUAGAAGAAGGAAUGAAGCUUUACAUCUCUGAUAAUAAGGUCAUAUUGACAGAGGGUUUUGAUGGUGUAGUGCCAGUGAAGUACUUCAAGAAAAUUGAAUCAUGGCCAGAUAGAAAAUCCAUCUCAUUUCCAGUUGAUUAACCUUGGAUUCCUCCAUUUUUUUUUUGAAUUUUUAUCUUUUACUGUUUAUUGAAGUUGAGACAUUCAAUCAAGAGUCACAAGUUUAGACAACUAUAGUAAAAGGUCUUUGACAUAUGUUUUGAACCAUGAUGUUUGUCAUACUUUAAAAGCCUGCCUUGUAUACUGCUUUAGACCAAUUACAUAAACAAUAUAGAAGAAA